UUUUUAUUCGGAAUUAUGUAAGAACAAAGAUGAAAAGACAUUUUAACUGACCAAUGAAUCGCGCAGCUAUCCAGAUGAAUAAAAAUGGGAGAAUCGACUUUCUUAUUGUUGGUUACUCUAUUCUUAUGGUCACGAUGUUUGGUUUUCGCUGAAAACAAUGAAUGUCCAUCAAAAUGCGUUUGCCUAAACCAAUAUGCUGAUUGUACAAGAAGGAAUUUAAUUUCUGUGCCAAAAAUUCCUAAGUGGGUGGAAGAAUUAGAUCUCAGCUAUAACAAAUUGCAUGGAGAUGCAUCCGAAGGAUUUGAGAGACUAUCAAGUCUAAAGGUUUUAAAAAUGGAUAAAAACUCAUUACGCCUCAUACCUAACUUGCUACAGCACAAUAAUCUUCAUGAAGUGAGUCUUAAUAGGAAUAACAUUGGUUCGAUAGAUACGGGUCAUUUUUCCGAAAACAGUUCCAUCAGAAUAUUGAACUUAAAUAGCAACCACAUUAAAGUUAUUGCAGAAGAUGCUUUGAACAAUUUGACUAAUUUAGAAGUGUUGAAGUUAAACAGGAAUGAUAUCACGUCAUUACCCAACCAUUUGUUUAUGUAUCAAUCCAGUCUCAGAACUCUUGAACUGAAUCAUAACAAACUUCGUAAUGUAACUGGACUGCUUUUCAAAGGACUCUCCAACCUGACAACACUUAGAAUGAGAUAUAAUAACAUAGACAAUAUAAUGGAUGGUGCCUUUUUUGGAUUUAAAUCUGUACAUUUACUACAGUUGGACCACAACAGGAUAAGAAGGAUUUCUAAGGGUUGGAUGUAUGGCCUGGAAUCACUGGUAACUCUGUCCAUGUCUAAUAAUUUAGUAUCAGAAAUCAAUGAGGGCAGCUGGGAGCUUUGUACUAUCUUAGAAAGCUUAGAUUUAUCUCACAAUUAUCUGGUUAAAGUGGAAGGAACAACUUUUAAAUAUUUAAGGAACCUUCAGAUAUUAAACCUGAACAACAAUAAUAUAUCUGUGAUCGGUCAUGAUGCAUUCAGCCUUAUGUUCAACUUGAAUACACUACAUCUAAAUAACAACAAAAUAUCCUGGACAGUUGAAGAUAUGAUUAAACCAUUUAACAAUUUACAAAACUUAGUAACAUUUAGCCUGGCUGGCAAUCACAUAAAAUCUAUAAAUUCUCGAGCAUUUGAAGGUUUAUCCAAAGUAGUAGAGCUAGAUUUAGCUGGCAAUAACAUAACAUCUAUUCAGCGGCAUGCUUUUGAUACAAUGCCUAAAUUAAAAAGAUUGCAUUUAAAUUCUUCAUCAUUGUUAUGCGACUGUAACUUAUUUUGGAUAAUUAAAUGGAUAAGAGAUAAAGCUGAACAGAAAUAUAUUACAGCCACUUGUGCAUACCCUGAUGAAGUACGGGGAGUAGCAAUAUCUAAACUAAAAGAAGACAACUGUGGAGACUCGCCUAAACCAAAAGUGAUGCAACACCCCAAAGCCCAUCUUGCCAUAAAAGGACGAUCAGCAAAUUUGACCUGCACAGCAACUUCAAACCCUUUCAGUAAUAUGACAUUUCUUUGGAGAAAAAAUAAUGGCAAUAUUAGUAAUCCCCUUGUUUAUGAAAAUGUUACUGUAACUGAUCAACCUGAGGCUACUUCAGUUCUUGUCAUACCAAAUGUUACACACGCAGACUCUGGUAAAUAUCAAUGUGUUGUCAGUAACAAUUUUGGUACAACAUAUUCCUUAAAAGCCAAAGUAACUAUAGUGACUUUUCCUCGGUUCACAAAAGCUCCUCACAACAUAACAGUGAAAACUGGAGAAACAGUUUCACUGAACUGUGCAGCUACAGGUGAACCUACACCUGAAAUUUCAUGGCAGAAAGAUGGUGGCAAUGAUUUCCCCGCAGCUCGAGAAAGAAGAAUGAAUGUGAUGCCCACUGACCAUGUGUUUUUUAUUGUCAAUGCAAAAACCACUGAUAUGGGUAUUUAUAGCUGUGCUGCUAAGAAUGUAGCGGGUACAAUUAUUUCUAAUGCAAUGCUAACAGUUCAAGAAGAACCUUCAUUUAAAACUGUCACAGAAAAUAAAGAAGCCACAAGUGGUGAUGCAGUGGUCCUACAAUGUAUGGUAUCAGGAUCACCAAAACCAGUCUUGAAAUGGUCAAAAGAUGGUGUGCCAGUAGUGCCUUCUGAACGGCACUAUUUCAUAGCUGAUGACCAACUUCUAGUUAUACUAGCUGCAGAGCCUAGUGAUGCUGGACACUAUGAAUGUGAGAUUACUAAUUCAUUAGGAACAAAAAAAGAGAUGACGGAGUUGAGAAUCUUGCCGCCAGUAGCCAUUAUGGUAAAUGAGGAAGAUAUGACAGGUAUUAUAAUUAUUACUGUGGUGUGUAGUACCGUGGGGACCUCUAUUAUUUGGGUAGUUAUUAUAUAUCACACAAGAAGGCGAAUGGCUUCUGCAGUGCCUUCUUUUCCCGCCGAAAGUUUAAAAAUGACACAUGUUGUGCAUAGUGAUAGUGAAUCACCUCAAAUGUUUUCAGACAAUAUAUCUGAGCAUUCAUCGUGUAAAGAUAGUGGGACAGGAGACUCGGCUAAACAGACGAGCUUUGAUGGUGUGCCUAUAGAUAAAAGUGAACAAGUGCAUUUUGAGCCUGUUGUAUGUCAAAGUUAUUCUCCAGUGCCAGAAGCACAUAAACUUUUACCUUCUUCAUUUAAACCAUCCAUUCAAGUGUGUGUAAAUACUUCUGUAACACCAGCUACUUAUAGUUUUUCUAGUCACAGUAUUAACAAUUAAGUUUAUAAGGAGUUUGAACCAUAAAAUUAUCUUACUGAAUGCAAUUUUCACUAAUUGUUUGUAUUAAUAUGUCAGCGAAGUAAUGGUUUGCUUCAGAAAACCAAGCACUUGAAAUAUAGACUCUACCUUCAUAGCUCAUGUAGGAAUCCAGAAAUUCCUAUACUGGUUCAUGAUACUCAUUUGUAAAGUAAAUACAUACAAUUAGUGAAAAGGUAUUCACUAUCAGGCAGCUAUAAAAUGAUAAGCUUAGUACAAAUGAAACAAACUUGCCAGUAUUGGUUUUAAUGUAAAAGACUGAAUCUGUCAUUUAGUAAUGGUCAUUGUUAUUUUUUUAGUAUUAUUUAAAAGUAGACAAUUAUAUAGUAACAGUUUAAAAACAAAUGUGUAUACCCUAGCCUUGUCAUUAUUGUUGCCUUCCAAUACCUUAAUGUGAUUUGCAAAAAUAAGGUACACCUACCUUUAUAUACCGUAAAUAUCAUCAGAAAUGUAGAACUGCCUAUUUUUUAUCAGUUUGUUGAUUUGUGGCUGACUCUUAAGGCUAUAUUUGGGGAAUAUUAGUAGAAAUGGUAAUGUAAAUAUGACAAUGACCAUGGAACAUCCUUGAUAUAUAUAUAUAUUUUUAAUGUUACUAUGUAGCAGUACGCCAUUGUCACAUUGUCAUUUUCUUAAGUAUUCAUUUUCAUUAUUUGUAUGAACUUAUGAAAUUCCUUAGUAUUGAUAUAAUAAUUUAUGCA